AUCAUCCAACAGCAGGGGGCGUCUCUGGCUGUGAGCUCUGACAAAGUACUCACUUCACUUCCGGCUUUAUGUCAUGGCGAUUUUGUAGCAUCAGCGCUGAACAUAAUCCCAGCUCAAGGUGAUGGGGCCUGAUGGUGCCCCAGGUCCAGCUGUGCCCUGGAGGAAGGUGCUGUGGGAGCGGCAGCCGUUUCCUGACAACUACGUGGACCAGCGUUUCCUGGAGGAACUACGGAGGAAUGAGGGCAUCCGACAGUACCGAUACUGGGCCGUGGUGAAAGAGGCAGGCUUUGUCGGAGAGCAGCUGUCCUGUGUUGCCAUUUUUAUCACCCUCUGGCUCUACAUGGAGCAGGGUCAGCUGUCCCCUGAGAGGCUGUUAUGGAGCAGCCUUGUCUGUGCUCUGCUGGGAUAUGGACUGUACCAAGUGCUGACAUCUCAAGUGCAAUCGGGCUGUGAGCCCCGGACCCGUCUAGCAGACUUACAAAGUGCCACUAUUUUUCUUUCCUUUACAUUUGGCUUCUCGCCAGUUCUGAAGACACUAACAGAGUCUGUGAGUACCGACACAGUGUACGCCAUGUCUGCUAUGAUGCUGCUUGCCCACCUGGUGUCGUUCCCUUACGCCCAGCCCUCUCCCCCAGGCAGCCUGUCCCUCAAUGCAGCCCUGUUUGCCUCUGUGUGUUUGGCCUCGAGGUUACCUGGGGCACUGCACACCUUCGCCAUGCUCAGCUGUGCCCUGCUGAUGUUUGCCCUGUGGCCCUGCCUGCUGCAGAGGCUGAGGGAGAAUGCCCCUAGCCAGUUCACAGGGGUGUGUGUAGGAGUGUGUAUUGCAGGAGUGGGUGGUCUGGGGUCCCAAUGGCCAGGGGGAGCUGUGCUCUUAGCCCUGGCCUUGGGGAGUGUUACAUUACUCUGCCCCCUGCUGCUAGUCAUGCUGCAGAGGCACAAGGACAACAUCCAAGGACCCUGGGAUGAGGCUGAGAUUCAAGAAGAUCUCAGUCACUUCCUUCACUAAUAGACACAAAGACACAGCCAAGAGAAGCAGGUGUUUUUUACCUGACAUUUAAAGGUGUUAGAAAAUUUGUAUAUGAAUUACUGUCAGCCUGCAGUAUUAUGCCGGCGCUCUCAACUGACAAAUGUUAACUCUUUCAUCAUUGGUCCUCAUCUGGUUUGACAGCCAUGACAACUUUUUAUACUCUUACAGUGAAUAUGAAGACGUUUUUAUUUUAAUGCUGCUAUUGUCUUUAAAGUGUUGAUCUCAGAAAUGUAAUGGUAGAUAUCAACUGACAUGCAAUGGUAACCUACAUCACUGGACAUUCCAGUUAUGCUCUGCACCAAUUUUAUAUCAGUGAAGUUUUAAUAUACGUGUGGGAUGUUUCUAUGUUUUCAUAGAUUGUACUCUUUAAUGUUGUUAAUAAAUGGACAAAUUCAAAGUGUUUAACCCAGGGAAUUGCAAACUAUGUUACAAUUACACUUUUGAUGUAUAAAUAAAGGGUUUUUAAAAGGGUUUUGCAAUAAACAAA